AUGUAUGCAACUAUUGAACGCUUUACUAAUGUUGAAGCACCCACUGACGAUGAAUUUGAUAUUCGGGCUAAUGAUCACUCCGACGAGUCAGAUAGUGAUAUCCUAUUAGAUCACACAGAAACAGAUGAUGAUCACUCAUCUGAUGAUGAUGGCCAUUCUUAUGAAGACAUUACUGCUCGAAGUUAUGGUAAUGUUAGCUACCAUUCUAAUGCGAUUCCAUAUUUGGAUAACACAGAAGAAGGCCCGAAUGAUUUUGCCUUCAUGAGAGAUGACGGUCUAGUUCGAUCUGCACUUUGGGAUUGUAAAAAACCUGAAUUUAUCAGAUCAGUCCGAUUUCAUGGCGAAAAAGCGAAAGACGUCGUACAUGACGAAGAAGAAGAAGAAAAAACACUCGAGAAGCUUCUAGAACCAUUCUCAAAGGAUCAACUUACAAAGCUUAUCAAACAAGUUAUAGCUAAAAACCCUAAUUCCAAAGUACAUAUUCAAAAACUUGCCGAUAAAGAUUCGACACACAGGAAAAUCUUCGUGUACGGAUUAGGUUGGGAUACAACAGCUGAAACUUUAACUAGUGUGUUUGAAAAGUACGGUGAAAUUGAGGCUUGCAAUGCCGUUACGGAUAAGGUUUCGGGGAAAUCAAAAGGUUAUGGGUUUAUAUUGUUUAAACAUAGGAGUAGUGCUAGGAAAGCUUUGAGAGAACCACAGAAGAAAAUUGGUACAAGGACGACUUCUUGCCAGCUGGCGUCUGCUGGUCCGGUGGCGGUCCUACCGGAUUCUUUUAGUAGGUUCCUUGGGUUUUCGGAGUAUACGCAGAGGAAGGUUUUUGUCAGCAAUGUGGCUGCUGAUCUUGAUCCUCAAAAGUUGUUGGAGUUUUUCUCAAAGUUUGUUGAAGUUGAGGAGGGUCCACUUGGAUUCGAUAAGCAAACUGGGAAACCUAAGGGGUUUUGUUUGUUUGUGUAUAGGAGUGUUGAGAGUGCAAAAAAGGCAUUGGAGGAGCCACAUAAGAGCUUUGAAGGACAUAUCCUUCAUUGUCAGAAGGCAAUUGAUGGGCCAAAACACAGUAAGCAGCAACAACAUUAUCAGCGUCCUGCAAAGAAGGGGAAAUAUUCAGGUAGCAGUGGCGGUGCAGCAUCAGCAUCAGCUGAGCAUUUGAUGGCGCCAGCAGGGUCUGCAAUUGUAGGAUUCAACCCUGCUGUUGCAGGGGUGACUCCGGCUCUUGGGCAGGCGCUGAUAGCCCUAUUAGCUAUGCACGGAGCAGCUAGUUUGGGGAUGGGAAAUUGGUACCCGUUUUAUUAACUAUUGGGCAGAGAAUGUAAAUUUGGUUUUGGGGCAACUGGAUGUGAUUAACCAUUCCCAUUGAUUUGUUUAUGAAAAUUUCCAAUCUGCAUUGGUUGGACCAGUGGAUUUCUAAUAAUAAGUUAUGACUUAUGAAAAGAAAGAGUUAAGAUGUUAUAUUAAAUUACUUUAUAAGCAGGACUUCAUCGUCCACGUGGAGUAGUUCUAGAUUUUGUCUUUUGGUGCUCUAAGAUAUUGUUCAUCCUGUCUCUCUAGCUGUGCCCUUUUCUUAAUGGAUAAAAAUGUCAGGUGCCUUUUUUUCUUGCAAUCAUUUCGUAUCCUUGGUUUUGCAUAGAGAUUCUUCUUCUUUAUAUUUUCUGGCUUCUUGUUGCGCUGCUGCUUUGUCAUCCUGUUGCAGAUGUUAUGCUCCAAUGGCUAUUUAAAUAUUCUAAUAUCAAAUAAAUAGCUCUAAUUUCAAUCAGAAAAAUCAAGUUCAAAACCUUACCAAAAUUUUUAAUUUUCCUCAUCUCCGUGAAUCGGUCUUGAUGAAUCCCUUAUACAUAGCAAAAUAACUCAUAGAUAGAUGUAUACACAGUAGGGGCUGCUUGUAGAGUGAGAUUUAGAAAGGGAUCAAAUAUGGACUGGACUGUUAUAGCAGGCUUGCAACUUGUGAGAGCUCUUAGAUGUCCAAGCACUAAAUAUCCAGUAUUUUGUCGGUUUGUUUAUUUUUAGCAGUUCACUAUCUUACUCGGAAUAUUGUCUUCAGGUAUUUGAAAUAUCCCAUUUUUGUUUCAAAACUGAUUGUUUCCCGGCUUUUUGUGCAUGUAUUUGUGUAUCCUUGUGUGAAUGAUGACACUAUUCAUGCUGUAUUGCCUGACUUGACUCCUCUUCCUUGAGUAAACACUCUGAGCCUAUUUCAUGUUGCAUUUUGAAUUAUUUCUGUUGGAUGUUUGUUCACUCUUCGCUAUCAUAACCUCUGUGGUUGUGGGAAGGAGAUUGUUGUUUAUCAUAAAAUGGAAGUUAAAUUAGAUAUCCGAUAUGGGUUGAUAUCCAUUCUACGCUUGUCAAGCAUAUGCUUUGCAUGAACAUCUUAAUAUCGAAGAUAAAAAGAACGAGGGGAAGAAGCUAUGAGGCAAGAGUUCUUGAAGAAAUAAUGGUGACAGGAAAAUUGUGAGGAGAUUGUACCCCUUCCCUUACUACAUCUUCAAUGUUUAUUGGAUUUUAUCAAAUAUCUUACUUUGUUCGAUAGGCCUCGCAACAUCAGUCCCGGAAGGAAUACACUUAUUCCCUCUGUCCCAAUUUAGGCGAUACAUUUUCCUUUUUAGUAUGUUCCAAAAGAAUGAUACAUAUCUAUAUUUAGUAGAAAUUUAAUUUAGAACUUCCCCUUUUACCCUUAAUGAAAUGAUUUACAACCAUACAAAUAUCUAUGACUUGUUUUAGACCACAAGUUUCAAAAGUCUUCCUUUCUUCUUUAAACUUUGUGCCUAGUCGAACUAUAUCGCAUAAAUUGGGACGGAGGGAGUAUUUCUGGUCCAUUUGGGACAUUACUGGAUAAUGCCGAAACCAAGAAAGCUAACAAUAAAUUCUUUUUCACUUUGGGCGUUCUUAAUAUUUCAUCAGGUGAAUGUGGAUCAGUACUUUCUUGCAAAUGAGCAUUUUUCAAGGCUUUUUGAGAGAAUAUAGGGGGAGGGCAUGUAACUACCUAGAAAUGCACUUUAAAAAAUUAUCGUGCAGCUUUGUGCAGGACUCAAGCAUUUGGAUGGCUUUGAUCCUCCUUUUGCACAUAAUGAUGCCAAAUCUGGUAAUGUCCUUUUAAUUCAUAGAAAAGAACAAUCACCUCUUGCAGUAUUUAACGGACUUGGAAGCGUACGCCUGCAAGAAAGCAAAGACGCUCUCCUUCAAAAGCGUUGCAGUUGCCAGUACUAGUCAUUUCUUUUUAAGUGUCCACAUACUUUUGCUAUUUGCAUGCCUAUAAGCUUCUAAUGGAUUCCAUCUUUUGGACCUGUCCGGUCUGAAUGUUUUCACAAUUACUGCUGCUGCUGCUUUUAUAUGCAAGUCGCAAACAGUAGUUACUGCAUAUUGUGUUCUCGGUUGGCACCCAUUUCUUACACUUUACACCUUAACCCGCUCUGUUGCACUUAUUCCUAAUUCCUUUCAUUUUCUGGUGUUGAACUGUUGAUUAUGUAGGAAUUGGCAUCUGAGCAUGUGCUAGCAACUUGCCGAAUGAAUUAUAGGAUUGCCAUGCCGGUGUGAUAUUGAUGUAAGAGUUCCUAAUAUCACUUAACUUGUUAUACAGUAAUAUAGUCUCCAAGGUGAGAUUUUCCAUGUUAAUAAAUGGAACAUCAGCUGGUUUUCACGCAAAAAGGUUUAAGACAGGGUGACUCGCUAUUACCACCCCUGUUUAUUAUGGUUAUCGAGGCACGGAGCAGAAUGCUUCCAAGGCAAUGAAUCUGAAUUGGAUUAAGGGAGUUAAAUUCUCUGAUAGAAAAGAAAUUGAUUAGUUGUUUCUCAUAUCUUAUAUAAGACUAAUUUUGUGUGAUGCAGAUAAGCAUCAAAUAGCACAUCUGAAGGGCGUUUUAAUUGCUUUUGAGGUUGUCUCAGGGCUCCAUAUCAGCUUGAAUAACAACAGUGUUUUUCUAUUAAUGUUGACCACAAAAGUCGAGAACUGGCUGACAUUUUGGGUUGCAAGAUUGUAAUACUGCCAACAACUUACUUGGGCCUACCUCUUGUUUCGAAAUAUAAUGAUUGUAAUUUAUGGUAGGGGGUUGUCUAAACAUGUGAGGGGAAGCAUAGUACAUGGAAGAUACAAUAUAUUUAUUUGGUGGUAAGGUUAUGCUGGUUAACAGUGUGCUGAUGGUAUACCGACGUAUUUGAUGUCUUUGAUUCUAGUGCCGGUGAUUCGGUGAAGGUAGAAAAGCAACUAGACAAAAUCAGACACAACUUGCUCUGGCAAGGGAAUCAAGAAGGCAAGAAAAUGCAUUUGAUUAAAUGGGAGGGUGUGAUUUAAAGCAAGAAGAAUGGUGGUCUUGGGAGUUCGAAAUUUACAAGCUCAUAAUAAUUAAAGCCUUUUAUUAAAUGGCUUUAGAGAUGGAAUCGUUGACAGAAGGAGCUCUAGAAUGAUGUUAAAUUUAAAUAUGGACGACGUGUCUAUGGUUGCACUACCUAGAUUGUAUCUCCACUUGGUACCACAUUUUGAAAAUUUAUAAAUAGCACAUGUGAUGAAUUUAUGGUGAUGAAUAGGUUGAAAAUUGGAGAUGUCAGUGUUAUCAAAUUCUGGGAAGACGAAGUGGAAUGGGGAGUGCAUGUUAGCAGAAUCUUUCUCUGAUUUAUACAGCCUUGUAGUGAACAAGAAUUGCUCCAUUGUUGAAUAAUCGGAUGGUAGUAGCUGGAACCUCCAGUUCAGAAGGAAUUUCUAUGAUUAAAUGCUGCAAAAGCUAUUGUGGUAGAUAGUUCAUGAAGAUAAUUCACUUUUCUGGAUGAGAAAGAUGGAUGGAAUUUUCUCUGCACGCUCCUGUUAUAAUAUAUUGCUAAAGAAAUUGUCUAGAAAUGAUGAUGUGUGGCCUCGGAGAGUUAUUUAGAAGACCAAGGCUCCUAGCAAAGUUGAUUGCUUUGGGUGGAUUGAAAUACAUGAAAACGCGUUUGAUGCGGAAAAUUGCAAAGGGGAUUUGAUCUUUGCAGCUGGUGAUAUUCUUGUAAGGAAAAUGUGGAGAUAGUGAAUCAUUUAUAGCAUUUCAAGUUAGGGCGACAAAUAUGGUGUAUGUUCUUGAACUUGUGUGGGAUUCACUGGUGAUUGUGCAAGGACAACCCUUAAGGCAAAAUCAGAAGAAGACUUGGUUGUUUAUUAAUUUCCCUUUGCAUUAUGUAAACAGUAUAUUUGGAAGGAAAUGGUAGGUGCUUUGAAGGAAGUUA